UUUCCCGCGAAAAAAGCGUCUAUUUCCCGGGAAAAUUCUGGGGACUUCCCAUUUCAUCAAAUCGAAGGAAGAAAAAGAAAAAUAAGGGGGAAAGAGAAAAGGGUUUGGUCAGGUUUGAUUAUUAUGGACGAAUCGUUCACUCCACCUCCUCCAAUGUCCUCUUCUCAGCACAACCAUGUCAAACGAAUGCUAGAUUCCAAUCGCUUCAAAUCACCUUCCAAAACAAUCUACUCCGACCGCUUCAUACCCAGCAGAUCCGCUUCCAAUUUCGCUCUGUUUAACCUAACGCCGUCCACGGAAGACGGUUGUAGUUGCAGCCCCUAUGGCAGUGCGCUACGGAGUGCCUUGUUUGGACCUUCCACACCCAACAAAUUCGAAAGCCCUAAUAUAUUUCGUUUCAAAUCGGAGACUCGACAGUCCAUGCACUCUCUUUCUCUCACUCCUUUUACUUCCCAAGAUGUCCUUCUCCCUGGCUAUGACUACAAUCAUAAGCCUCUUAAGCGACCUCGAAAGAUCCCUCCUUCGUCUUUUAAGGUUCUGGAUGCGCCGGCUCUGCAAGACGAUUUUUAUCUGAAUCUCGUGGAUUGGUCCGCCAGCAAUGUCUUGGCUGUGGCUCUGGAAAACUCUGUUUAUUUGUGGAAUGCUUCUAGCAGCAAGGUAACUAAGCUAUGCGAUUUGGGGGUUGAUGACUCCGUUUGUUCAGUUGGCUGGGCUCCGCUUGGUACUUACUUGGCUGUUGGAUCAAACAGUGGAAAAGUCCAGAUUUGGGAUGUAUCUCAAGGCAAGUCAAUAAGAACUAUGGAGGGUCAUCGAUUACGUGUUGGGACCUUGGCCUGGAGUUCAUCUCUUUUGUCUUCUGGUAGCCGGGAUAAAAACAUUUACCAACGAGACAUACGUGUACAGGAGGACUUUGUCAGUAAACUGUCUGGGCACAAAUCAGAGGUUUGUGGACUGAAGUGGUCCUAUGAUAACCGUGAGUUAGCAUCCGGUGGAAAUGAUAACAAGCUACUUGUUUGGAAUCAAAACUCCACCCAGCCCAUCCUGAAGUUCUGUGAGCAUACAGCAGCUGUUAAAGCUAUUGCGUGGUCUCCUCAUUCAAGUGGACUUCUUGCAUCUGGAGGAGGUACUGCAGACCGAAGCAUUCGUUUCUGGAGUACUACCACAAACUCACCGUUAAACUGCAUUGAUACUGGAAGUCAGGUUUGUAAUCUUGUCUGGUCUAAAAAUGUAAAUGAAUUGGUGAGCACGCACGGCUACUCCCAGAAUCAGAUAAUGGUUUGGAAAUAUCCCACCAUGUCAAAGCUGGCAACUCUUACAGGCCACACUUACAGAGUUCUUUAUCUUUCCAUUUCUCCUGAUGGACAGACUAUUGUCACUGGAGCUGGAGAUGAAACCCUAAGAUUUUGGAAUGUAUUCCCUUCGCGGAAAUCACAGAAUACUGAGAGUGAAAUUGGAGCAUCUUCUUUUGGAAGAUCCAUCAUCAGGUGACUUCAGCUUACAUAUAUAUAUAGCACAAAUGGCUGAAUGAAAUUUCAGAACGGCAAGAAUACCGUAGGGGUGGAAAAUUGUAUGUAAAAGACAUCUACUAAUUGUGAAAGCCUUGGGGAGCCAUGAAUUUACAAAUAUGGCUGCCACUGGUGGAAAUCCCUGCCCUUCAUGAAUUACCUUUAGAUUUAUCUGUACAUGUUUGUUGAGGGGAGUUGAAGCCCAGUUUUGUUUUCCCCAUUUUUUGUGUUCUUUCCUGUAAUGCACCUUGCAUUACAUUGAUAAAUUAAGAAUGUACCUCGAAGCAUGUUUUCCAUGUAAUGGAACAGCUUUUGUAUAUAAAAGUAUACUUCCCUCGGAUGGUGUUUGUUUGUGCAA